AUGUCUACUGCUGAUGACGGCCCCUCAGGCUCGGACAAAGGACAGAUUUACGGUACCCUGGCCAAACUAAUCUUCACAGAUCACCCCAAGGGUAAAUACAAGAAAAUCAAGGCGUCUUUUGACAGCACAGGCACUGGUGUGAUACCAGCUGAGGGCACGCAAAUGAGAAACUUAUUGGAUGCGGUGCUGGCAGAGCUCCUAUGGUACAUGGAAUUAGAUGCCAUUUGGCAUGCUAAUCCGUCCAUGGCCAUGAAAACCUACUCAUCAAAACCCGGCGUCGAUCACGCCGGCGCCUUAUAUUCUCUGAUUCAACCAUGUGGUGGGGGCGGUCCCCCCAUGCAGUUUGACGCGACCCCAGAUGCACAGCAUGUAUAUCCUGGCGCCAACACUCAGCCACCUCCUCACGCAUAUCCCUCGCACAACACCUAUCCUUCCAGCACUCUGCCCCCGCAUUACAGCCAACAAUACUAUCUGAGGUAUCCGCUAGCAACGCCGUAUGCUGGGGGUUCACAUGGUGAUCCCUUGAUUGAUCCAGCGCUGCAACAACCCACACCUGCUCCCACACAUGCUCCUGCUCCCGCUCCCGCACCCGCACCUGCUCCCACUCCCCCCUUACUCGCCCAUCCCCCUCCCUACAAUAUGUCCCCUCAAAUCCAUCUUCCUGGCCUUCCGACGUCAGACGCUGACGUUGACAUUGCCAACGUCAACUCUCUCGACACCGGUGACCCAUUUGAUGCCCCCCUCGGAGAUGCCUUACAUCACCUCGAAGGUGACGAGAGGGCCAAUAGCUCUUCCAAAGUCGCAGGGAAGAAACGCCAGCUCCCUUCAUCGCCAUCUCCCCCUCCUGAUGCUCCCGAACCAUUCAAUGUGCCAGAAAAAUCCCCAGUGUCUGCCUACAACAGCCACUCGGCAUUUUGCACGCAGAAGCCACCAAGCUCGCAUUCAUCCAUGACACGCAACACUACCUCCUCGUCGGACUACCUUAUGUCCUCAACCCCCCAGACUUCGCUUCCAAACAGCGGCGGCUCGAAGAAGAAGAAGGCAAAGCUGGAUGUGAUGCAGCAGGUAGAUGAGGUUAAGGAUGAGCUCGCAUCUAUGCACUCUGAUGCGAUGUUGCGCCACAAUCACAAACACCAUCGCUUCCUCACGAAGCUCGAGGUGAAGAGUGAGCACAAUCGCGACAUCAAGAAGUAUGAAUGGCUUUGUGCUACCCGCGAGCAUGAGACCUCCCAGGCCACUGUCAGCCAUCAGCGUCUGCAGGAGUCUAAAGAUGCCGAGAUUCAUCUAUGUGAGGCGGACAUUUGA